UUUAUGGCUUCCCGGGCGCGCGGGAGAGGCGAGUCCCAGCGCUGGGCGCGCGCCGGCCGGCGUCUUCGCUGGCCCGGGCCUGGCGGUGCGAGUCAGAGUCAGAGGAAGCGGCCGAGCAGCGUUAGAAGUUGCUCGGGCUGUGCGUUCGGACCUUCCUCCAAAGCCUGCCUUGCCUGCGCCCCUCAGCAGCUCCCGGCCCAGCUUCCCCGUGCGCAGGACGGGAGGCCUCAUGCGGUCUCGGGCGGCACUGAGGAGCGCGGCUGGAGGCCGUGCUCCUUAGGAAGUUGUUCCGCAGUGCACCCUGCACCCCGCUGUUGCGGAGUCGUUCGCCGCAGUGUUGGCAGCAGCCAUCUGCUAACAGUAGAGUGGCAGGCCGUCCAGAGUCGUGGCCGAGUGCUUGAAGGUGGGAUUGAGGAAAGAGAGUGGAAAGGCCCAUUCUACUUCAUCCAGGGUGCAGACCCGCAGUUUGGGCUGAUGAAGGCCUGGUCCACCGGGGACUACAACAGCAGCGGUGACGAGUGGGAGCAGGAGAUCCGCCUCACUGAGCACGCCGUUCAGGCCAUCAACAAGCUGAACCCCAAGCCCAAAUUCUUCGUUCUUUGUGGUGACCUCAUCCAUGCCAUGCCAGGGACACCCUGGCGGAAGGAACAGACCAAGGACCUUCAGCGAGUGCUGGGAGCCGUCGACAGGGAGAUCCCACUGGUCUUCGUCAGUGGCAACCAUGAUGUGGGCAACGUCCCCACGGCCGAAACUAUUGAGGAGUUCUGCCAGACUUGGGGCGACGACUACUUCAGCUUCUGGGUCGGCGGCGUCCUGUUCCUGGUGCUCAACUCCCAGCUCUUGUACGAUGCCUCCAGGUGCCCCACCCUGAAGCAGGCCCAGGACCUGUGGCUGGACCAGCAGCUGAGCCUCGCUGGGCAGCGGAGGUGCCAGCACGCCAUUGUCUUCCAGCACAUCCCGCUGUUCUUGCAGAGCAUCGACGAGGACGACGACUACUUCAACCUCACCAGGUCCGUGCGGAAGGAGAUGGCAGACAAGUUCACCAAAGCAGGUGUCAGAGCUGUGUUCUCAGGCCACUACCACAGGAAUGCCGGGGGCACCUACGAGAACCUCGACAUGGUGGUGUCAUCUGCCAUUGGGUGCCAGCUGGGCAAAGACACCCAUGGGCUCCGAGUGGUGGUGGUCACCGCUGAGAAGAUCGUUCACCGCUACUACAGCCUAGAUGAGCUGAGUGAGAAGGGAAUGGAGGACGAUCUCAUGGAGCUGAUGAAGCAGCAGUGAACCCUUGGUGGUCUGUCCACCUUCCUCUUCCACGAGGUUUUGAUUUUGUUUUGUUUUUGCCAGAAACAGCAUCAGCACACAAGCCAGCCCCUGCUGGGAUGUGAAAGUGGACCAGGCAGGGUUGUGAAUUUACAUCCUUUGGUAAUUACAUUAAAAUAUAGCUGCCUUCCCCUGAAAAGGAGAGAGGGAGUCUGGAAAUAAUUUUUAGUUGUUAUGAUAUUACACUGUCUCUGGGUGUUUGUGUAAAUUCUCCUAAUGGUGUAUUUCUCAGCUCUGCUUUUGAAUUGGAUUGUUUCUGGCAGCGUCUAAUCGAUGUUUACCUAUUGACCUCAGUCCCAACUUGAUAUUCACGUGUGAUCUUUGAUAAUUCCUUGAACAAACUGCAUCUGAUUACAUUAAAUUGUGGUCAUGACUCCCCAAAAUGCUAGACAAAGCAAAGGUCAUCUCCUUUCCUUCCUAGCAAAACAAAUAGCUGCCUCUCCUCUUACGAGCCACGCAGACUUAUUUUAACAAGGAGUCAAGUAGCCCCCACUGGCUGUUCAAUUCUGAGACUUCCGGUGUUGCUGACAGUAGAACCAGAAUACAGUCAGUGCAGGUCAGGACGUGAGUCUGUCUCCCUGGUGGCUGCAGGCUGCUACAUUGGCCAUUUAUGAAUCUCUCAUCCAGAGGACUAACUCCGAGGCACAUGAGGUCAUUCCACAGCCCCUUUUGUUCCUCCACGUUCACACUCUGGUGCUGCAGUGGGUCUGCUGGUGGGUUCUCGUGGGACUCGAUGCCCCUCCAUUAAUGAACCUCUUAAUUGCAUCUGCCUCAGCAGAAAAUGUGGGAAUCGAUGCAGAGAUCUCAGAAGAAGCAAACCAGAGGUUCUGGGGGGCCAGACACACUGCUUGACCCUGAUCUGCACCAGGACAGUGCCCCUGGUGGAAGAGCUGGGCCUCGGGUGAGCACCUUUCACAUCAGCUGCUCAGCUGCGUCUUUUCACUACUCCUGCCACUGUGUGCUUUCACCCAGGUGUCCUUUCUCUGCAGUUGUCCUUGUAGACACGUAACCAGGGACUCUGAAUCCUGCCAGGGAAAUUUUACAGUAUUAUACAAUAGCAUUUAGCAAUCCUGAACUAACUUUAAAAACUGACUGGUUACAAAUGAACUGCAAAGUCCAUUAAAUUAAAAAACUUUCCUGUUAAAAAGUUUUAGUCAAUGUAGCAAAACUGUGAGAAAUUAAAUAGAAAGAUAAUUGGAUAUGUAAAUUCAUAAGGAACAAAAGACGCGAAGUUAAUUAUACCACACAUUGGUGACACACCAUAGCUCAUUGUUAUGCAGCACAAGAAAAUUAAAAAAUGUUCAAAACUAGAAUGCUCUUGUAGAGUUUUGCUGCGUUCUUGUUUUGUGUUCAUUCUUCUUUAUGACAGGUAUGAAUAGAAGUUCAGAAGGUGAGUCCAAUCCAGGACAUAACAACUAAGCCACUUGUUUGAGACCUGGUACCAGGGACUCUUGGACACAGGGCUCUGACUCCCCAGGAGAAAUGGGAAGAGUUUGAUCACAGUGGACUAAAGGUGCUGUCUGUCCUGUUCCAUAUGCUGAAAUGGGGAUAUAUAGGGAAAUAAUUUAAAGUAAUAGACAUGCAACUUAGUAAAUCCCCAUCCCCCAAAAUUGGAUAAGUGAAAGAACUGGUUGAAAGCGCCCCAAGCAUAUGCUAAGUAAGAGGAGCACUGUGAAAUUCCCACCAUCUUUUAUGUAACGGGAUCAUGAGCCCCACAGUGGCGAGAGGUUCAUCAUGAAGUCAGAAAGAAUCUCCAUAGAUGCACACAUGUCCGUGUAUCACUCAGAUAAUGGACCAUCAAUUCACUUAAUGGUUCCAUUUUCUUUAAAAAUGAAGAAAGAACAGUAUGAAAAGAAAAAAACAAGUGCCUUAUCCUGUGAAAAAUAAUGAAAGACUUGACAGGUUCGAGUGCUGUGGUUUUGAGUGUUGUUUCAGGUGCUUUGACUCAGAAAAGUAGAUCAUGUGGCCAAGGUCACCCAACUCAGUGGUGGGAACAGAAGGACCGAGAUGCAGGCAGUUCGCAUCUCCAGCCCAAGCUCCUUCUCCACCCCCUCCUUGGAAAAUGCUUUUCAGAGCUGGAGGUUGGCACCAGCUCAGUUCUGGCCACACACCACAGUGGGUACCUCUGACCACUUUUUCUGGGCAAGAAUCCAGUGUCAGCCGGAA